AUGGCCAGCGAAAUGGAAAAAGUUUUGAGCUAUUCCGGAGUUCCUCGGCAUGAACGAGACGAGAUCACUGAGGCCAUCUUGGUAAAAAAUCGAAAAGUGUUCUUCACAAUGCUUCGCUAUUUUGUUGUUGACAUCAUCGAGGCAGAAAGCGUGCGACCUCAGAGCGGCUGCAAGACUGAUCGCGACAGUGCACGCUACGCAAAGAGUGAUCCGCAGUCUAGACAAAAGGAGUUCUUCAAUUAUUUUUUUACUCGGCCUACUGCUGUCCUAUCAAAGCGGAUGACGCGACCGAAAGAACUGGGAAAACGAGCCUAUGAAAGGUACUGGCUGAGGUCGUCUAUCCCUUUAUUAAAACACUUCGCAGCAGGACGAAAUGUGACCUUGGCGUUCGAUACUGUUCCAAACUACAAUAGAGCGUUGCAUAAGGCUGUGAAGGAUGAUGGUCGGCGUGCUGAAAUGGGAUUGCAAAACAGUGGAAUGGAAGAAGAGCAAAUAUCACGAGCAUUUCUUCAUCUAUUGAAUGAGGAUAACUCCGUCCCGGCUCAUGUAAAAGUGAUAUUGGUUUACCUUAUUGACAACUUGAAAAAGAAAGACCGAGAAUUGGCUGUUCUGAAAGAUCGCGAAAUUCAGCUUUUUAAUGAGAACUCAUUGCUCAAGCAGAAGCUAUCAUCUGUGAAAGCUAACCCGUCCCACAAUUCUCGUGAGAAUGCUGUACAAGUUACAUCAUUUGUUUCAACAUCGCCGAACUUUGAACCUCGCACUCCAUGUUCUCCUGUCGAGUAUGAGAGGCGAAGAUCGUGUUCACCUCUUUCUAUUCAUAGACUGGGAUAUGCUAGUGCGAGAUCUCCUCGCCUAUUAAAAGUUGUACUACCCGCGAGUAAAUUCCAAGUUCAGCUGUUGCAAAGUGCUCCAAGACUAAGGUUUUUCCCCAUCAAAGGAGUGUUUGUUAGACCUUCCCUUACUAGGGAAGAGCGAGUUAAACUGCGCCAAUCUAGAAAUCAUUCAACUUCCUCAAAAUAA